AUGUUGAUAAUUUUGUCAGAAGCAGACUGCCACUCCCUCUGUUCUUUGGAUCCUGUCCAGCGGAAGAUGAUAUUAGACCAACUGCAGCACCAGAUAUCUCAGGCAAUCCCCUCCUAUGAUGGGUUUAUCCUUCAGCGGCAAGAUCUUUUUGCUUUUCUUGCGAUGCUUCUUGCUGAUGGCGUCGAAAGCGCUUUGGAUUUGAUAUUCUUAUUGUUUUCAAUCUUUUCCAAUUCCUUUGGUGCUGAUUGUGACGCUAUCAAUUCUUUUUGCUACGUUCUGAUGCCAAUCCUCUCCACAAUGGUACUUUUCGAGGACGAUUAUAUUAGAUCAUCUCUUGUGAACAUCUAUGUCAAGCUUGCCGAGUUUCCAUUGCGAUCGGCAGCCCUGCUAUUCAUGCUUUAUCGAGACCUUUCAGAGCUUGCUGUUGACCGGACCAUCCCGACGAAAAUUCGGCUUUCAAUUAUUUUUUCGCUUGGAAAUAUCCUGAACAUGCUGCUCGAGGUGAAUGCGGAUCGCUUUGUUUCCACGGUGUCCCAAUCCUUUUCAAAGCAAGCUUUAGACACAUCACUUUCGCAAGAAACAGUGCUAGAUGAUACCUUGGUUUUUGAUGACUUUUUAGAGCCUUCGGAAGAAUCUUUUUUUGAGCAAAAGGCCUCUUCGCUUUCGAUUUCUGCAUCUGGCUCCGGUAGAGCAAACCAUAUUAGUCCGAAAAAGAAAAACUAUUCUGCUGGAAUGACAGGGAUUUUCCUCCUCCUCUUGGAGGAUCAGGAGGUAGAGGUUCGAAAAGCAACUCUUCAUGUCCUCUUUUCCUUGUUUGGAAUAUCUACCAUGGAAUCAAUUGAUCUUAUGCUCCUAUCAACUACGAGCGACUUACUUUGUGACGAGUCUCCACUGAUAGUUCAACUCAUUCUAGAUACAUUGAAGGAGAAGAGAAAUGUGGUACCGCUUCCCUUUCAAACUAUUGCCUCCGUUUCGAUACUGUUGCAUGCCAUUGGUCUCGCGCCAAAUGCCCGGCUAAUUUGCCAUGACUUGCUAAGAAGAUGGCGAGUGCAAGAUACCGCCAGCCUUGACUCUGUGGUUACUAAUCUUUUAUUUUGUAUUGAGAAAAAAAUCGAUCCCAUGAUUUUUAUCCUGGAAACAGCUUGCCAUAUUGGCGAUUUGAAUUUCGGAAUCAUCAAGGAAACACCGGUCUGGACGCGGCUUUUGCAAGUGAACCCAUCGUACCUCGCUGUUGAGCCAUCUGUUCUUGACCCUUACUGUAAGAAAUAA